CCAGAUCUCACCCACCCCACCCCACCCACACGACGAGAGACCAAAACACGCGGGAAAACGCUCCCGCGCCGCGCCAAACCUGGCCUCGCGUGAACCGGCGGCGGGCCCACCGCCGGCGUGCGCACACGUGCCACCGCCACCGGCGUCCAGCCGGACCGACGACGACGAGGGCGACGACGACGUCACGGUGUUGGUACAGUGCCAGCCGACGCUGACCAGCCGGGCCCACCCACCACCUGCCCCCACCACCGUGCUGCUUGCCUGCCUCUUUCUUGUCUCGCUUUCUUGAGCUCGUCUCCUCGUGCUCUCUCUCUCUCCUUGCUGCGACCUUUGCCUUCGAUCCGACGACGACGACGGCCGCCAUUGCCGAUUGCUUCCCGGCGCGCUGAAGGAAAGAAGCCUCAGGGACCAAGAUCUCGCCGUCGGAUCGCCGGCUGCCGCCUGAAGAUUUGUGCUGUCAAGUUGAUAGAGGACAAGGCCAUGGGUGUCGAGGCAGAUCAUGGUACGCCAUGUAUAAGGACGAUCUUGAGGUGUUCAAUCAGGAUGAGCUACAGAUAUGCUUCUGAAAACUGGGUUCUCCUCUUCCCGGUCCUGCUGCUCUACCUGCUAUUCAGAUCUUCGCCGGGUUUCUUCGCUUUCCUUCUGUCCCACUCUCCUGUAAUCAUAUGUGCCGCUCUUAUCCUUGGUGUGCUGAUAAGCCAUGGCAGCACAAACGUUGCUGAGAUCAAGGAAGAACGGAAAUCUGUCGCCGAGGUUUCGGAUCCCAAGUAUGCAGAUUUGUCCAGGAAUAUCCAUUUGGAAGCAAACAAGGGAUUUUCGGCAAAAGAGAACACGGCGAGCUUAAAUGACGGUGAAAUCAAAGAUGGCUUGAAUUCUUCCAGAGAAGAUGCUAUCGAAGUUGUUGAGAUGGUGGGCAAGAUAAGUCAUGAUAGAGGAUCAACAGAUUCACAGAGUGAUGAGAUGAAAGUAGAUUCAGAAGAUAAACCGGCUGGUACCUGUAAAUGGGGCCGUGCCUUUUCUGUUCGUCGCAGGAAGAAGCUUUCUGAUAUUAAGGUAGAGCCUAUCAAUGCUGCUGUGGACAGUCCAUUAGACUCAUCUUUGGAUUCACCAUUUGGUAGAGUUGGCUGCCAUGAUGGUUCACCAGGUUUUGAUCAUGAUCAGACAGAGGGUACCACUCCUGGUACUCCUAGAACACGCAUUGCUUCUGUCCUGGACGAGAUUGACCCUCUUUCCAGUGCUGAUUCCCCCCAUCCUGAUCCCAUCCAAAAUGAUGACUCGGACAACCACAUGUCCCUUCAGGAUUCUAGAACUGUGAGAGAUAAUAAUUAUGAAUCUGACAAGAGCAAGGCCAACAAAAACGAUGACAAGAAUGUCAGCACUGAUCCUGCAUUUCUUGGAACCGUAGAUGAUGAUAAGAAUGUCAUGGAUCUUGGGUACUCUGAGGUGGAAAGGCAUCGUAGGUUAGAGAUCUUGAUGGUUAAGAGAAGAUCAAGGAAGAACAUAGUAUUUGAUCCUGACAGUAACUUAGACAUCGAUAAUGAUAAGGUUUGCAAGAGAAACCCAUCUGAUAUUCUUUCUUGUUCUGAUGAGACAGAAUUUCCUGGCUCAGCUCCAUCCGUUCUGCAUACAUGGAGGAAUCCGUUUGAUCAUCCUUUUGAGCAAUCAGAUGAAAGUGAUCUACAUGAACAUGUCGCAAUACCCCACCAGGACAUGUUCUUCACAAGGCAUGAAAGCUUCAGCAUUGGCAGCCAGGGGAGACGUCCCUCAAGAUUUAAGCCACCUUUUAUCAUCGAAGCAAUGGACAUUGAUGAGCCAAGUGCAAGUGAUUUCCAGAGACAAUUCAGUGACAAAAGUGCGUCUACAUUGAGUACAGUUACUGAAUCUGAUAUCAUUUCUUCAGUUGCUGAUCAAGAGGACAUAAGUAACAACAUAAAAAAUGACUCUAGUAGAGAGUAUGAAUCACCAGAGCUACCUACAAUACCUACAAUGGGAAGUGAUAUUAUAUGUGUUGGAGGCACAUGAUCAGAUGGGAUAAAUUUCUUGAACAAUGGAACUCUGAAUGCUAUCACUAAUGGGGCCACAACAGAAUCAUGUACCUCUAUGCCCAUUUUGACGAAUCCGUGAUACCUCCCCGAAGCAUUCGAAAAUCUCUCUGAUGCCAUUGCCAAGAAUGUUGAUGUUUUAGCGAAGAUGAACUGCACUAAAGUGUGCAUAGCAGACGUACUGAAGCCUUUGUCAGUUUGGGACAGCGAAGAGUUUGUCAUGAAAGAACAGAGGAGCCUCAUCCGAGCUUGUAUAGCCUUUUGCUUGUGAUGUAAACGUUUUCUUUAUUCUUGUUUUCAUGUGAUGAAAGAUUUGCAUUCUUCAGAUCAAUUUGCAUAGUUCAGAACACAAGGUUUUGCUAUGCAUUGUUGUUGUGUAUGUAACUGGAUGAUAUAUUACACUAUUACUGCACAUAUCAUUCUUUUGAACAUAAAUCUUCAGUGUAAGUAAGUAUGAAAGGCAUAUUCCAUUUCCAUCCAAGAGGUUAGAAUAUUGAACAGUUGUGACAAAUGUGAAUUCCAGCA